GAGUUAAUUUAUUUAAAUGUAGAGUGCCAAAGAACAGUGGGAAGAUUGCUCUUCCUGUUCUAACCUGAUUUCCUUUGUUCACAAACCAUAUACUCAUGAAUAGGUGGAGACAGCGCGGGGUCUUCCUGUGCAGAUUAAGAAUACACAACAGAAAUACAUGUUACAUUUAAAUUCAGAUACAUCUUCAGAUAUGUCAGACGAACUUCAAGCCAUCAGUUAUGAAAUGCAAGCAUGUAUUGUGGAUUUUAUGGAACCCAGUGAAAUUGUGUUAAUGAAACCUGUUCAAAUGAAGAUGAAAACAAAAUCUGAAGACCUUGUCGUGGUAUUGACACCUUGGAGAGCAUUUUUACUAUAUUUGGAACAUCCCCUUAGAGUUCAAACUACUUUCAGCUACCUGGAAAUAAGUGACAUUGAUAUUCAAGAUCCCAGUCUUGUAGUGAUACAUACAGAUCCUUGUUUGUAUCAAUUUAGAUUUAUGUCUUCUGAAGACCUGGAGCAAGUAAUUUUUCAUGUUGCUACUUCCAUUAAAAAAGUAUUUCCAGAUUCUUCACCUGGAAAACUGAUCAGAAUGACAUGUGCAGAUCACGAAGAGAAAUACAAAAGAAUUGAAGACUCUCUAGAAAACAUUACACAAAAUAACCAAGGACCAUGUGGUGGUUUUUCCCAGACAUACGCUGCUUUAUGCGAUUACAAUGGAUUUGUUCUACGAGAAGAGGUUCAGUGGGAUGUGGACAACAUAUAUCAUAGACAGAACAUCAGAGAAUUUAAUAUACUGGAUUUCAGUCACCUGGAUACUACUGACAUAGCCCUGACUGUGGCCUCUUUAUCAUUUAACCAAUGGUUUACAAAAAUUCACUGCAGAGAUUUCAAAUUGAGGCUUGAGAUUUCAGAACAAAUUUUGUAUGUGAUCAAUAGAUCCUUGAAACUGGAGGAGAUUGUUUUGGAAAACUGUGGUCUGAAAUGUGAAUUUGCUAUCAAGAUGGCUAAAGCAUUGGAUAACAACCCUGGUUCUGUUCUUCACACCUUUAAUCUUUCAGGAAAUAAUAUAGACGACAGAGGAAUAAAUGCAUUCACCCAAUAUUUUAACAAAAAUCAUAAACCAGUAAAGCAUCUUAAUAUUUCCAAAACAUCGAUAACAUCAAAAGGAGUGAACAGUUUAUUCCAGUCAUUUGUUUCUCAUGAAACGUUUGCCAAUUCCAUUUGUCAUCUUGACCUUUCUGGGAAUCCUGGGAUUCUUGCUACAGAAGAUGCCAUUAGUUUCUAUAAUUUUCUUGAUAAUUGCAAAUCAUUGUGUCAUCUUAAUCUGGCUGGCACUGAUUGUGCUCUGGAUUCUCUUUUUGGGCCUCUGCUGCAUGGCAGCUGUUCAAGACUGUCAUAUCUGAAUGUCUCCAGAAAUGUAUAUACACACAAAAAAAUCAAAGAUAUUCCUCCUGAAGUUUCACAAUUUUUUAGCAAGACCUUGGCCCUUAAGCAUCUCAAUUUGUCUGGAACAAAAAUACCUUCAGAAAUGUUAAGAGAGAUUUUACAUGGAUUGUCAACAAAUGAUAAAAUCAGAAAUCUGCAUAUGGAUCUUAGUGAUUGUGAGCUCCGGUCAUCAGGUGCCCAGGUGAUACAAGACAUGAUCUUCGAUAUAAACUCACUGAGCAGCCUUGAUUUAUCCAAUAAUGGGUUUGAUUCUGAUAUGGUAACACUGAUUUUAUCAGUUGGCCGAAGUAAAUCCAUAAAGCAUGUCUCAUUGGGAAAAAAUUUUAACAUUAAAUCUGGCACUGCUGUGGCUGACAUCAUUCACCGAAUUGUCCAACUAAUUCAAGAUGAAGACUGUACAAUUGAAUCUCUGUCACUGGCUGACUCCAGGCUGAAAUCAGAAAUAAACAUUCUCCUAAAUGCCUUAGGAAAGAAAAACAACCUCCGAAAGAUUGAUAUUAGUGGUAACGGUAUGGGGGACAGUGGUGCCAAACAUCUAGCAAAAGCCUUACAACUUAAUACACAACUUAGGAUGAUUACAUGGGACAAAAAUAAUACAACAGCGAAUGGAUUUCUUACUUUAGGCCAUGCAUUGGAAAGGAAUUAUACAUUGCGUUUCAUGCCUCUGCCUUUGAGUGACAUUUCACAAGCGUAUCGUAUGAAUCAAAGUAAAACCGAGGAUGCUUUACACCUGAUUCAAAGUUAUCUUCUAAGGAACAAUCAUAUCAAAGAAAAUGUGGUUAGAAAGGUGAAUGGAUUACAUAAGGAAAUAGCAUCUACUUUGCCCCUAAAGUUAUAAAUACCACACACAGAAGAGUGAAAAUUCACCUAGGUAUGAAGAAGAGAUAAUCGUCCAAGCAAUUGAUAAAAUAAAAAAUGGACAUGUAAACAAUG